AUGCCACGAAGGAAAGCUGCCGACCGUUCGGGUCCGGUCAAGACCCGAUCCCGCGAUGGCUGCAAAGAAUGCCGAGCCAGUCGCGUCCGAUGUGACACCCAAAAGCCGAUCUGCACGCGCUGCAGCGAGAAAGGACUGCCAUGCACGAAGAAUCUAGUCCUGAAAUGGGAAUCAGAAUUUGUCAGUCGUGGAAUAGCUUUUGGUCGCGCAGGUGUAUGGCGCAAAUCUGGCGACGCAAACCAGCCUACGCCCGCUUCACUUUCUGCGGAAAAGUACGAGUGGUGUCCAGGAUCAAAUGUUAGCUUAUGGGGCUUCAUAAACAGUGGUAUUGCGACAUUCGAACGCCCGGAUGAAGUGACUGUUGACUUCGAUGAGCUCAAUGCACUAAUCCCUGUUGCCCAAAACGCAUCGUCUUCAAAAAAUGACCAACUAUGGUCCUGGUUGCAACACUUUCCACAUCUCACAUGGCUGACCACAAAUUCCAACUCAAGCCUUCCGCCGUCGCUUGCACUGUUUCCAGAGCUAUCUCAAUCUGGACAUGGAGAACUAUUUGAUUACUACCUCCAGCAAGUCUGCCCUCGCACAACCGCCAGCUCUACAUUGGCAUCGCCGUUUGCCUCUGUGAUUCUGCCAUUCUGCCUAACCGCUUCUCCUACACUUUUUAAGGCUAUACAAGCUUUAGGGGCGUGUCACUGGUCACGGCUUAAUCCAAACUAUAGUGCCCUCGGCCUACGUUAUAAAUCAGAGGCUUUGAGGGACCUCCGUCAACGCUUGUCGUCAGAGGGAAAUCUGACUUGCUCCAUGGACCCAGAAGUACUGGUUAUUAUGAUCAUGCUAUGUUUAUAUGAGAUAGUGGAUAAGUGCGAUCAGCAAUGGACAAUCCAUCUCAAAGGUGCCAAUGAUUUAAUUCGACUUCGACGGAAACAGCAAAUCACAUUGGCGCGGCCAAAAGCCCCGUCAGAUCCUGUAACGAGUUUUGCAGAGCAAUUCUUCGCCUUCCAAGAUGUCAUGGGUCGAACUGCUUGUGCGAAAGAGGUCUUGUUUGGUACUGACUACUGGAAACCGGAUGAGCGAAAUAUUGAUCUUUGGAUGGGGUGCAGUCCUGAGUUGGUGUCGAUUUUGGCUAAAAUCACAGAUAUGAGUCGAACAAGGCGACAAAAUACAUCCGAUGCGGACAAGGCAUCAUUUUCACUGCGUGCAGCCUCCCUUGAACGCCAGCUUGAAGACUUAGUACAAGAAGUGGGAGAGGGCGACGACGAAAUACUCGCACUGGUCGCAGAUACUAAACGGCUGGCUGCAGUACUUUACCUACAUUGUGCUCUGUAUGGAGCUGGCCCUACCACACCUUUGGUGAAAAGAUAUGUGCGCCAAAUUUUGCAACACAUAUCAGACCUGCUUCAGCGUGAAUUGCCGGUCAAUGUCACAUGGCCAGUCUUUGUGGCAGCCGUUGAACUUGAUCCUUCUGAUGAUGAGCUCUUCCCGGAAUCUCAAUCGGAGUCAGGAUCCGGACGAGCGAUUGUGCUACGCUCUCUGGCCAUGAUGGCAGAUUCAACGAUCUCGAACAUUGCCAGAACACGUGCCGUGAUCACCAAGUUAUGGCAGAGACGCGAUCUGGAUCUUCACAAAGUAGCCUUGCUACAGACGGAUUGCAAUGAUUGGGAAUGGCAUGUAGUGCCGAUUAGCAAUGCUAUGAGUCUAGCGUGA